CUAAGUAUUUUGACUGAAUCUGACUGAGUUAAGCCAGCUGUAUGUUGAACAAAUAUUGACAGAAAAUGCAAGAAAUAUCGCAACGUCUUACAGUUUUGUUUGCGUCUUUCUUCUCGCGUUCCAAUACAAUAGUACUUCCGGUGCAUGGGAGGUCGCCAUUUUGGUUUUCUAAAGAUUGUUUACAGACUCUGGAUUUUGUUUGUGUUGACACUUUGUCGAAUAGCAACAGUUUUCACCCCCGACAUGGGCAGGAGACGGCGAGAAACCCGCCGACUGCGCACUAGUUCAGAUUCUGAUGAUGUCACCACAGAAGAAGAGUCCGACUUCUCAGUUGAUGUAGAAGCCAGCUCCACUGAUGAAGACUUCCCAGAGGACAGACGAGUAACCAGGAGCUCGGCUAAAUUUGAGCAAACCCAGGUGCUUCCAAUCAAGGAUCUGACUCCUUCAGUCAUGAAAGGAAACGGGGAUGGAAAAUCAAUAUUUAAGUCCAGAAAGUCAAAGUCACCAUCCGAUUCAGACUCUUGUGACUCUGGACGGUCUGGGCCGACUAAGCGUGGUAAAAAACGCAAGAAUAAAGAUGCACCAUUAGAGUAUACACUGAGGAAAAAGUUGAAGGAAGAGUUGGAUUCCAAAUGUCCAGUGCCAGGGUGUGACUCUACAGGGCACCUAACAGGCAAAUUUGAAACCCACCGAACUAUAUCAGGUUGUCCGCUGUACCAUAAUACCACCAUGGAAGAGUGUAAACUUAAAGCAGAACAGAGAGAAGAAAAAGCCAAGUUAAAGGCGUCUGUUAGAGAACUGGAGAAAACAAAAAUGAGUUUGCGAACGCCGAGUCCUUCAAGACAACAACAACAACUGAAACAAAAAUUACAUGAACUUCGUAAGCAGAGAAAAGAGUUGACACUGGAACAGAAAGAUGAAAAUGAGAUACACCGACAACAGUUUGCUAAGACGAGGGAACCACUAUUAAAUGGUCUCACUUCACAAUACGACUUAGAUUUAUUUAAAGAAGCCCAAGCCCGUGCAUCAGAAGAAAUGGAAAAUGAUGCGCAAGGAUUCGUGUUUGAGGGCGGCACCAAAUCCAUUGAGUUUGGGAAAUAUGAACUGGAUACCUGGUACUCAUCGCCGUACCCGGAGGAAUAUGCAAGACUCUCCAAAUUGUUUCUGUGUGAAUUCUGCUUAAAGUACAUGAAGACUGCGACUAUUCUCAGACGUCAUAUGGCAAAGUGUGUUUGGAGGCAUCCACCAGGAGAUGAAAUAUACAGAAAAGGAAAUACAUCAGUUUUUGAAGUGGAUGGUAUGAAGAAUAAGAUUUACUGUCAGAAUUUAUGCCUUCUUGCCAAGCUGUUUUUAGAUCACAAAACAUUAUAUUACGACGUUGAGCCGUUUCUUUUCUAUGUGAUGACGGAAGCUGAUCACACUGGUUGCCACGUAAUUGGUUAUUUUUCUAAGGUGCGCGAAAAGAGUUCCUUCUUAAACUACAAUGUAUCAUGUAUCUUAACCCUGCCACAAUAUAUGAGACAAGGAUACGGCAAAAUGCUUAUAGAUUUCAGUUAUUUGUUGACCAGAGUAGAAGAAAAGACCGGAUCACCGGAAAAGCCAUUAUCGGAUCUGGGGCUUAUCAGUUACAGGAGCUAUUGGAAAGAUAUUUUGCUGCGAUAUUUGAGUAAUUAUCACGACAGAGAGAUAUCCAUCAAAGAUAUAAGCCAAGAGACGGGAGUGAAUCCGUACGAUAUUGUGAGUACAUUACAGUCAUUACAGAUGCUGAAAUAUUGGAAAGGAAAACAUCUUGUGUUAAAAAGACAGGACCUGAUUACUCAGUAUUUAGAUAAGCAAGCCCGGAUUAAGUGCGACCGGAAAGUCAUUGAUCCAGCCUCCUUAAAAUGGACACCACCAGUUGCCAGAUAACUAUUGCAGGUAUUACUGGUUCUUACAUCAGAGGGACCAUUUUUCCUGAAACUUUUGUAUAUAUAAAAUUGUACGUUCGCGUAUUCCAGAUGCAGUAUACAGCAAUAGGCAUCUAUAAAGGGUCUUCAAAUAAACCCAAUAACGCUGCUGAUUGGUACAGACACCAUCACCUUCAUAAACCUUAUAUUGACUUUUAUUUCUGUAAAUAACAUUGCCUCGCUUGUCUCAACAUCUUUGCAAUUAAUGGUUCUGCAAUAUUAUUGAUGUGAAUAAUGAUGCGUUUCUUAUGUGAACUGUACAUGUGUAUAGUGAGCAGUCGUUGUUUUAUCUUGUGCUUGAGUUUAACUGAAUCUUCUAUCUCUUUGCAUAGUUUGUUGACGGCCACAACAAUAAUAAUCUGAUGGAUGGAUCUUAAAAUAAUUAAAAUAAUCACAAUUUUGUUUUUCACAAUUUUGGUUCCAAUUUGUAAAAAGAAUUUAAAUACCAAAAAGGGAUUUUAGCUACUGAGCAGCAUAAUUCGUCAAGAUCUGACACAGACUUCAGAUUAGCAUAAUUACUUUGGUUUCAUUUUAUUUACAAUUCGUAUGACUAACUGGCUUUCAACUAAAUAUAAUUGACAUUACAACUUUACAGUAGACUUCACAAUUGUAUGAAUUGCAUUAUGGGUGCAUCAUGAGUGCAUCAUGGGUAAUGUAAUAUGAAUGCCCGUCCAUUGUUUACUACUGUAAAAGGGUUAAUUAUUCACUGGGUUUUAAUUUUGCUUAUUUCGCUGUCUGGAAAAUGUGCUAAAUUAAAACACUGAAUAUUGCCAGAGAGUAUAUUUUAUUGUACAGUUAUGAGUAGGCUUCUACCUUAAUCCUUACCCAAAGAGUGAAGUAACAUCAAAAUUAUAUACAAUCAAAAUAAAGAAAUAUUGUGUGUUUUGAUGAUCAGAAAUAACAAUCUUAUGGGAUGGGAUACCCACUCUUUGUUAAAUAAAGGCAAUCAUUUGAAAGA